CAGCUUUACGAAAAUGUUAGCUAUCUCAGUACAAUAUGAAUUAUCUGCUCUACUGGUUUUUAUUUGCAGUUCUAACUUGCUUAUUAGUAAUUUUAGCCAGUUAUUUAUUACUUAGUAUUAUUUGGGAUGUUUUUAUACGACCGAAAAUAAAAGAAACAAUGUUUGAUAAGGAGGAAUACCGUCAUCAGACGCGCAAUAAAUACGAAUUUGAUAAAAACGAUGUAGAAGAUUUAACAAGAAUCGAAAGAAACUUAAAAACCGAUUUUCCAAGGGUAAGUUUUAAUAACGAAGUUAAAAAUAUCGAUUUAGAAAAAAAACUUAUAGAAAAAAGAACCACAAAAAAAGGAGAAAUAUCCCAAGAAUACGAUUCCACUGCCGCGUUAAAUGGAAGCCUAGUUUCUGUAAAUGAAAAUGAAAAAGAAUAUGAAGAAUCUGUAGUAGAUUGUACAGAAAGUGAAGAAACGUUUAAUAGUACAGAUCCUGAAAGUACUGCAACUUUUAAAGCUAUAGUAAAUAUUGAGAAGGAAGCAAAUCGCGUGGAAAAUGAGAUGAAUAAUUUCAGAGGAGGUAUCAAUGAUUUACAAUAUUACGAAAUUAAUGAAAAAUUCAUAAGGAUGAUGAUCGCACUGUGCGACUUAAAUUGUGAAAACGAUGAAUUGAGAAAAAAGAAAAAUUCAGUGAUGUUACAUAUUGAGCAGUGUCAAAAUCGUUUGAAGUUGAAAUCUCACCAAGUCCUUUAACAAUAAAGUAAUUAAUAUUUUUCACAUAAAUAUAAGAUCGAAUUCAA